AUAUAUCUACCAAAUUAUCUCUACACAGUAUCUGCCAAAUUAUUUGAAUCGAGUUCGAGUCAGCAUGUAUACUAGUAUAUAAGCAAUCUAUAUAUCUCUCUAGCAGCCAAAACCCAUAAAAACAUCACACAAAUAGUUUACUUUGAAUGAAGGUUUCUCGAUAUAGCUAGAGGAUCAAUGGCAGGGACAGUUGUGUUGAGAUGCUGCAGUAGUGUUAACAAGGUUAGGACAUGGAAAAGAUGUUCGAAGCAGAUAAAGGAGCAAAGGGCUCGUCUUUACAUCAUCUGGAAAUGUGCUGUCUUUCUUCUCUCCUCCCAUGAUUGAUCCUCCAUAUAUAUAUAUAUACAUGCUAUAUAAGCAAUCUCCUUUCCUUCAUCAGUUUUUUUCUUCUUGGAUAUGUAUAAUUAGUUGAAUUCCAAACUAACUAGCUAUUUAAACGUACCAUAAUGUAAAUUCUAUUGUGAUCAUCGAAAAUCGAUAUCUACUGUCAUUUGGUUAUCCUUGGGAAGUUCUGUUUUGUAAUUAGAGAUGCUAUAAGAACAACAAAGACCAAGAGCCAAGAGGUUAGCUGUGUAUAUCUUAUCUUCGUAAGGUCUUGUCUUCUUAAAAUAUACUACGUCCUUAGAUUUUGUU